AUGUUUGGAAGAAACUUCCCAUUCUUUAACUCCAUCGGCGGGUUCUAUCCACGUGAAAGUCUAGACUCGAAGAGACCCUCGGGAACUGGGUAUACCAGCAAAGUACGGGUCCGUGACAAGUAUCACAUCGUUGGCUUCAUCAGCAGUGGUACAUAUGGUCGCGUCUACAAAGCCAUCGGAAAGGAUGGCCGGAAAGGCGAAUAUGCGAUCAAGAAAUUCAAGCCCGACAAAGAGGGUGAAAUCAUCCAGUACACAGGUCUCUCGCAGUCGGCAAUCCGGGAGAUGGCUUUGUGCUCUGAAUUAGAUCACCCCAACGUAGUGCAACUGGCAGAGAUCAUCUUGGAAGACAAGUGUAUCUUCAUGGUAUUCGAGUACACUGAGCAUGAUCUGCUUCAGAUCAUCCAUCACCACACUCAGCCGCAAAGACAUGCCAUUCCGGCACCGAUGAUCAAGUCGAUAUUGUUUCAGCUGCUGAAUGGCCUCCUAUACCUUCAUACGAAUUGGGUUUUGCAUCGAGAUCUGAAGCCGGCAAACAUUCUAGUGACUUCGAGCGGUGCGGUCCGCAUUGGAGACCUGGGCCUUGCGCGUCUAUUUUACAAACCGCUUAACUCUCUUUAUUCCGGAGACAAGGUUGUCGUCACGAUCUGGUAUCGUGCUCCCGAGCUAUUAAUGGGCAGCCGGCACUACACGCCGGCCGUGGAUCUUUGGGCAGUUGGAUGCAUAUUCGCGGAACUGCUCUCUCUCCGACCCAUCUUCAAAGGAGAAGAAGCUAAGAUGGACAGCAAAAAGACUGUCCCAUUCCAGCGUAACCAGAUGAUGAAGAUUAUUGACAUCAUGGGCUUGCCCAGAAAGGAAACAUGGCCCGGUCUCGUAUCGAUGCCUGAAUUCUCCCAACUUCAGUCGUUAGCGAUGUCGAGAGGAUAUCUCAACAGACAGUGCAAUCUGGAAGGAUGGUACCAAAGUUGUCUGAAGAAUAAUGGGUAUUCCCCAGGGUCUGCUGCAGGCACGCCAGGCGCCGAAGGCUUCGACCUACUAUCGCGGCUGCUCGAAUACGACCCUACCAAAAGGAUAUCAGCCCGGGAGGCGUUGGAGCAUCCGUAUUUCACCACAGGUACACCAGUCACGGCUAAUUGUUUCGCGGGCUACGAGGGCAAAUAUCCCCACCGCCGAGUCACUCAAGAUGACAACGACAUCCGCUCCGGCAGUUUACCCGGCACCAAGCGGAGCGGGCUGCCAGACGAUAGCCUCAUGGGUAGGGCUGCAAAGCGGCUCAAAGAGUGA